AUGGAUAUUCACUGCAAAGCAGACCCCUUCUCAGCGAUGCACCCCUGGCAUGGGGGUGUCAACCAACUAGGGGGGGUGUUUGUGAAUGGCAGACCCCUACCUGAUGUUGUGAGGCAAAGAAUUGUGGAGCUGGCGCACCAAGGGGUCAGACCUUGUGACAUCUCCAGACAGCUUCGGGUCAGCCAUGGUUGUGUCAGCAAAAUCCUUGGCAGAUACUACGAGACCGGCAGUAUUAAACCUGGAGUUAUUGGGGGCUCUAAACCAAAAGUGGCAACUCCCAAAGUUGUGGACAAAAUUGCAGACUACAAACGGCAAAAUCCUACAAUGUUUGCCUGGGAAAUACGCGAUCGACUUCUGGCCGAAGCAGUUUGCGACAAUGACACUGUACCUAGUGUGUCAUCCAUCAACAGGAUUAUACGGACCAAAGUUCAGCAGCCUUUCCAUACAUCGCCGGACGGAACCGGGACCUCCCUCAGCACCUCCGGCCACACCAUAGUCCCCAGCAAUGCCUCACCUCCCGUGUCCAGUGUGUCAAAUGACCCCGUCGGCUCCUACUCCAUCAAUGGCAUUCUGGGAAUUCCCCGUUCCAACGGAGAAAAGAGAAAACGAGAUGAUGUUCUCUGGAGUGGCAACCACUUGGAUGGGAGGAAAAUAGGAUAUUAUGGUUCUGAUGGGUCGGGGCCAAACAGUGAUUCUCAGGGUAGUGUGGAGAGUUUACGGAAGCACCUGAGGGCGGACGCGUUCACACAGCAGCAGCUGGAGGCUCUAGAUCGGGUGUUUGAGCGGCCAUCUUACCCAGACGUCUUCCCCACACCAGAGCACAUCAAGCCAGAGCAGGCUAACGAAUACUCACUACCAGCACUGAACCCCGGACUGGACGAGGUCAAGCCCAGUCUGUCGACCAGCGCGAGCUCAGACCUGGGCUCCAGUGUGUCCCAAAGCUACCCUGUAGUGACAGGUCGUGACAUGGCGAGCACCACUUUACCGGGAUACCCCCCUCAUGUACCCCCCACCGGCCAGGGAAGCUACCCCACUUCAACCCUCGCUGGAAUGGUGCCUGGAAGCGACUUUUCAGGAAAUCCAUACUCCCACCCACAGUACACAACAUAUAAUGAAGCAUGGCGGUUCAGCAAUCCAGCAUUACUAAGUUCCCCUUAUUAUUAUAGUACGGCAUCUCGGGGCUCCGCACCCACUGCUGCCACCGCCUAUGACCGCCACUAGUUACCAUGGAAACCAAAUCAAACUGCAGGACCAUGGCUGUGGCCUCCACAUCGCACCAGUCUGAAUGGUGCUAAAGACAAAGAGAAUGGCUCCAAAAGAAACCAGUUCAAGGGGGCAACUGUUGGAUUAGGAGGAUCAGCUGAUGGGAGAGAUUCACACACACGUGUCCAC